ACCUGUGGGGGAUGACAGCUGAAUCGGCUGAAGGAGGUGAAGGCCUUCGUCACCCAGGAUAUCCCUUUAUAAUAGGGACGACAAAUGGUUUUCAUCUGACAAGUGGAAUUGAUUGAUAGUGACUGCCCAGAGAAUUCCUAGGUGGAAGGCAAGAGAAAUUGACUACUGAUGACCGCCACAGACACGGGAACGGAGAAGAGAGCCCUUUACUUCUCUGAACUCUAAUUUCCUCACGUGUAAAUGGGGGAAUCCCUGCCCUACCUGGGCAAAAGAGGCAGUGCUGUUCACCUGCUGUUCAUAGGUGGGAAACCCCACCAGCCUCAGGCCACCACUACACACCUUAACAACUCCAGUCACAACCUGGUAAUGAAACACCUUCCAGGGGCCGACCCAGAGCUCGUCCUGCUGGGCCACCGCUACGAAGAACUGGAGCGAAUCCCACUCAGCGAAAUGACCCGCGAGGAGAUCAAUGAGCUGGUGCAGGAGCUCGGCUUCUACCGCAAGGCGGCGCCCGACGAACCUGUUCCCCCUGAGUACCUACCGGCGCCGGCCAAGCCCGCCGAAGGCGCUCCGGACCGCCCUGACCUUUAGGUCCGGGGACGCCGGCCCACCUCCUCCCCCGCCUGAGCCCUGGGGACAGAAUGAAGCGCCCAGCGUCCCGGGAGCACCUCCCUCGCUGAGGGCCGACGCCUCGUCCCUGAGCCGGCAGAGAUGGAGUUGGGGUUUCCUCCUAACCCCUUUCUUCCCUACCCAGCUCAAUUAAAUCCUCUUCCGCCUUA